AUGGCCGACUCAGCCUCCAACAUGGCUGUCACCAAGGGCGACCACGAAGCCAAGAUGAGACUCGCAGCAGCCGAGCAAACCUACGGACGAGGCAAAGGUGCCAAUGCGAAGAGUGCGCGGGACAAGAAGCUGCGCGCAAAUCUCAAGAGACAGGAAUUCAAGCACAAGGAGGCUAUUCUUCAAGCCAAGGAUGCAGAGAUUUUGCUCGAACACACGGAAGGAUUCCUCGAACCCGAAGGUGAACUCGAGCGAACAUACAAAGUUCGCCAAGAUGAGAUUCGGGACAGCGUCGGAAUCGAGACAGCAAAGAAGGGAUUCGAAUUGAAGCUUCCUGAUAUGGGCCCCUACCGCAUGGACUACUCUCGGAACGGACGUGACCUGCUGCUGGCGGGACGGAAGGGACAUGUUGCGACGAUGGAUUGGCGCGAGGGAAAACUGGGCUGCGAGUUACAGUUGAAUGAGACUGUGCGGGAUGCCCGCUGGUUGCACAACAACCAGUUCUUCGCCGUGGCGCAGAAGAAGCACACAUAUAUCUACGACCACCAGGGAACUGAGAUUCAUUGUCUGAGCAAGCACCUGGAACCGCUCUUCCUGGAAUUCUUGCCAUAUCAUUUCCUCCUUGCAAGCGCUCAAAUGAGCGGUCACCUCAAAUACACAGAUACCUCAACCGGCCAGACCGUCGCUGAGCUACCUACACGGUUAGGUAAACCCACCGCUCUCGCACAGAAUCCAUGGAAUGCCAUCCUCCAUGUCGGACACCAAAAUGGAACCGUGACCCUUUGGUCUCCCAACUCUCAAACCCCCUCGUAA